AGAUGGCGUCCGGGGAGCGACCGUGCAGUCCCUACGGGACUGGUAGUUGCGGGCCAGGCCCAGCCCUGUCCCGGCUACGGCCGGGCAUGUGUGCGUGAGGUGGGCUGUUCUCCCCCGCACUGUAGGAUGGCCGGGAUCCAGCCCUCCCCUGUCCCCUUGUGACGCCCCGGUUAGAUGGCGGCCGGGGCUGCCGGGUGCUCCGGAAGCGCUUGAGGUGCGGGCGGGCCAGGGUCGGAACAUGGCGUGGAGCUGCUGGGCCCGGCUCUGCAGCCGAGAGGUGCUGAGCGGCCGCCGCUGCCGAGGGCACAGGUUUACUUUAUACACACAGCAGAGAAAUGGAUUCAAAAGAGCGCCCCAAAAGACUGAACCUCGAAAACCAGACCAAGAAAGUGGCUCCAAAACAUACAAAAGCAGUCUGUCUCCUCCAGUACAGGAAACAAUCUUUUAUACUUCUUCCCCUUCGCUGAAGCAUCUUGUGAAGCCAUUCUUUUUUACAAUUGGGUUUACAGGCUGUGCAUUUGGAUCAGCUGCUAUUUGGCAGUAUGAAUACCUAAAAUCUCGGGUCCAGAACUAUUUCGAUGAUGCUCGAGCAGACUGGAUGGAUAAGUUACGACCUCAGAAAAAUGGGGACUUCAGAAAGCAGGUUAACAAGUGGUGGAAUAGCCUGAGUGAGGGUCAGCGGACUGUGACAGGUAUCAUAGCUGCAAAUGUCUUUGUGUUCUGUUUAUGGAGAAUCCCUUCUAUGCAGCGGAAAAUGAUUACUUACUUCACAUCUAAUCCAGCAUCUAGAGUCCUUUGCUCUCCCAUGCUGCUCUCUACAUUUAGUCAUUUCUCUUUGUUCCACAUGGCUGCAAAUAUGUAUGUGCUGUGGAGUUUUUCUUCAAGUAUAGUGUCUCUUUUGGGACGUGAGCAGUUCAUAGCAGUGUACCUUUCUGCAGGUGUUAUCUCCACAUUUGUCAGUUAUGUCAGUAAAGUAACUACUGGAAGAUUUGGACCAUCACUUGGAGCUUCAGGAGCUAUAAUGACUGUCCUUGCAGCAGUAUGUACGAAGAUGCCAGAAGCAAAACUAGCCAUCAUACUUCUUCCAAUGUUCACAUUUACAGCAGGAAAUGCUUUAAAAGCCAUUAUUGCAAUGGACACCGCAGGACUUGUUCUGGGUUGGAAAUUUUUUGACCAUGCAGCACAUCUUGGGGGAGCUCUAUUUGGAAUCUGGUAUGUAACUUAUGGCCAUGAACUCAUAUGGAAGAACAGAGAACCACUGGUGAAGGCUUGGCAUGAAAUGAGGUCUAAGAGCCGAGGAAAAGGAGGUGGAGGAUCUCACUGAUUCUAAUUUUACAGCCUGCUUGUGCAGAAGACGGUGUGCUACUUGAAGAUAUGGAAGUGAAUUGGUUCUGGAAUUGUUUUUGCAACUCCACAGAAAACCACUUAGGAUGUGUAGUUUCUAAUGUAAACUACAGUUGCAAAUAAAUGCAGUUCAGUAGAGAAUGAACUGACAAAGUUGAAAAAAUAAAGUUUAUAUCUGAUUGGUUUAUGAAGUAAA